UAUGCUCUGACGGUGGCAGCUGCCUGCCAGUUGAGAAUCCCUCAUUCAUAAUUUUAGGAGUUUUGGCCAUUUGCGCUUCGCAACACUUUGCCGUUCACCUCCGGUAUUGGGGAGGCCGUUAACGUUAUCUCACACUGUCUGUUGUUUGACUAGCUUUGCAGCCAUCCAACUGACCUAGUCGCCAUGGCAUACUAUCUUCUAUACGUUUUGACAAUCUCUGUUGUGGUUUGCGGUACAGUCCUCUAUCUUACCCGGGCCCGUUGGUUGUCUUUAGUCCCACUUCCUGAUUACAUAUACGAUCGCCUACCUUCUAGUUUCGCCGAUGACCUAGAGACGGGACUGACAUCGACGCAGUUUGACCUCUCCGCCAACAUUGCAGAUGGUGACACUAGGGCUGGGUUGGAUAACCAAGCUAAACGGCAAAUCAGGAAGAUCAUGAAACGCCAAAAGAUAGACUUUGAUGAAGCUCGCCGGAUAUAUACCGAGCAGCGUUUUGCUAAGAACAACAUUGGUCCCGAUGGCCGGCCCAGGGACCCGAAAUUUGUUUCAUUCUCAUAACAUGGCGUUGGCCAUGAGACACUUUCUGUACCGUAUUACAUGCAACCAUUGAUUCUUUUCCCUUUCUUCACUCUUUCCUCUUUUCUAGGGCCCUGGCAAUAUGUCUGCGAGACUUCAUAUGAAAGUUCUUUU